GACUUUAGUGCUCUGCAGAGCCUCAGCUGCAUGUACUGCCCCGAGGCGCACCUCGACAUCUACUGCGCAUACGGGGCGCACGCGGAGCUUUGCUCGUUGUUCAUUUGCCAACACAAGGAUUAUAACCUCAAACACACCAGUCGGCAGGAGUCAGAGGGACUUGCUGUUCACUCAAGCCUGAGGAGGCACUGGUUCCUGAUGCAGUGCCGCCUGAAUAGUGUAGAGUGAGUGAUAGCACUGUUAUGCUACUGUAUCGAUAGCUGUCAUAAUAUAUGC